AUGGAAGACGAAGCUGGAACUUCUGAGGUAAGAGUGAAAGGAAGCAAAAAGAGAACUCCUGUUGGAACCAUGAUUCAUCAACAAAAGUACGUGAAGGAACUUCUCAAAAGGUUUUCUAUGGAGGAAGCAAUGGAGAUAAGAACUCCUAUUGGCAAAACCACAAUACUGGAUUUGGAUGAAAAAGGUCCAUUUAUGGAGCAGAAGCUAUAUAGAGGAAUGAUUGGAUCACUCCUCUACCUUACAACAAGUAGACCUGGCAUUAUUUUCAGUGUUAUACUGUAUGUAAGGUUUCAAGUAGAUCCCAAUGAAUCUUAUCUUAAAUAUGUAAAGAGGAUUUUUAGAUAUAUCAAAGGAACCACUGAUCUUGGCCUAUGGUAUCCUAAAGGCAGCAACUUCAAGUUGGUAGGUUAUGUUGAUGCUAACUAUGCAAGUUAUCUAGUGGACAGAAAAAGUACCACAGGUAUGACACACUUUCUCAGAUCAUGUUUGAUCUCCUGGUCCACUAAGAAGAAAAACUUUGCAGCCUUGUCAACCGCUGAGGCUGAGUAUGUUGAUGCUGGAUCUUGUUGUGCAUAA